AUGUGUGGGGAUCUGGUGAAUGUCUCCUGCCUGCCGCAGUGAGAGAAUUACCCUCACUUCUCUCUAUUUCUCCCGGGAGUGACGUCGUUAGGCAGUACUUAGUGGCGGAGUAGCGGUGGUUUUGCCUGGGGGCCUCGACUAUGAUCAGAUCAGAUGAGCCCCUCUGAAUCCUGUUACACUCUGGCUUAGAGAAGACAGUGGAGAGAAGAAGAGGGAGUCAGAGUUCCAUGUGGCUAUCUUCCAUCAACCCCCCUGCCCAUUCCCCUCCAAGAAAAAGGAGUCAGUUGCAGAGUGGAGGAAAACACAAGACUGUGAAAGAAAACAAGAAAACGUCAAAAGACUCAUCUUGAAGGAGGGAGAGAAACACAAACUGGGCGAGAGGAGGGGCUGCCUCAGCCAUGGGCAAACAGAACAGCAAGCUACGGCCGGAGGUGUUGAAUGACCUGCGCGAGAACACAGAGUUCACUGAUCACGAGCUCCAGGAGUGGUACAGAGGCUUCCUAAAAGACUGCCCCACGGGCCACCUGACUGUGGAUGAGUUCAAGAAGAUCUAUGCCAACUUCUUCCCGUACGGGGACGCCUCCAAAUUUUCCGAGCACGUCUUCCGCACGUUCGACACCAACGCAGACGGGACGAUAGACUUCAGGGAGUUCAUCAUUGCGCUGAGCGUAACGUCACGAGGCAAGCUGGAGCAGAAGCUCAAGUGGGCCUUCAGCAUGUACGACCUGGAUGGGAACGGAUACAUCAGCCGCGCGGAGAUGCUGGAGAUCGUACAGGCCAUCUACAAAAUGGUGUCCUCGGUCAUGAAGAUGCCAGAAGACGAGUCCACACCUGAGAAGAGGACAGACAAGAUCUUCAGACAGAUGGACUCAAACAACGACGGUAGGCUGUCCCUGGAGGAAUUCAUCAAAGGUGCCAAGAGUGACCCGUCAAUAGUCCGCCUGUUACAGUGUGACCCCAGCAGUGCCAGUCAGUUCUGAACACACACACACACACACACUACUUUUAAGCCCACUGUCACAUGACUAAUAUUAUAUAAAUAUUGUAAUUAUCAUCACUGUUGUUUUGAAGAUGGUUUGAUUUGUACUGUGACAGUUCCAUUUCAAUCCAUAGGAAGAUGUUUAUAAAAUGUAAUCAUUUUCAUAUUGUAUUUCCCUGUAAAUGUAAUAUGUGUCCACAUGUUUUGGUCCAUAAGUAUGUUUUAGUAUCCUGAUAGUGUUUGUUGCGCAACAAUGACAUCUAGAAUGAAGUGAAGUAUUGCAUAUGCUGUAUCAAGCCCCUGAGAAAGGCCCAAGGCCCCUGAGAAAGGCCCAAGGCCCCUGAGAAAGGCCCAAGGCCCUUGAGAAAGGCCCAAGGCCCUUGAGAAAGGCCCAAGGCACCUGAGAAAGGCCCAAGCCCCUGAGAAAGGCCCAAGGCACCUGAGAAAGGCCCAAGCCCCUGAGAAAGGCCCAAGCCCCUUGAGAAAUGCCCAAGGCCCCUGAGAAAGGCCCAAGCCCCUGAGAAAGGCCCAAGCCCCUGAGAAAGGCCCAAGGCACCUGAGAAAGGCCCAAGGCACCUGAGAAAGGCCCAAGGCACCUGAGAAAGGCCCAAGGCACCUGAGAAAGGCCCAAGGCACCUGAGAAAGGCCCAAGGCACUUGAGAAAGGCCCAAGGCACCUGAGAAAGGCCCAAGGCACCUGAGAAAGGCCCAAGGCCCUUGAGAAAGGCCCAAGGCCCUUGAGAAAGGCCCAAGGCACCUGAGAAAGGCCCAAGCCCCUGAGAAAGGCCCAAGGCACCUGAGAAAGGCCCAAGCCCCUGAGAAAGGCCCAAGCCCCUUGAGAAAUGCCCAAGGCCCCUGAGAAAGGCCCAAGCCCCUGAGAAAGGCCCAAGCCCCUGAGAAAGGCCCAAGGCACCUGAGAAAGGCCCAAGGCACCUGAGAAAGGCCCAAGGCACCUGAGAAAGGCCCAAGGCACCUGAGAAAGGCCCAAGGCACCUGAGAAAGGCCCAAGGCACUUGAGAAAGGCCCAAGGCACCUGAGAAAGGCCCAAGGCACCUGAGAAAGGCCCAAGGCACCUGAGAAAGGCCCAAGGCACCUGAGAAAGACACAAGGCACCUGAGAAAGGCCCAAGGCACCUGAGAAAAACUUACAAGACUCUUUGAUGCCAGAUAACUAUAAAUGUGAUAUUUAUUCUGUUUAAUUGCAAAAACAUUUUUGUUAAAUUCAUAUGGUUAAAUUCACCAUAAGUUAGGUUUUAGGCCCUGUGCCUUUGAAUGUGUGGCUAACUGAUACAACCCACUUCCGCUAGCAUUGCUAGAUUCUCAAAAAAAAAAAUGCUAGCCAGGAGAAUCUGGACAUUGCUUAACAAACAGC